CCCGCCCCGCCGCCCGCGCGCCCGGGUUCCCACGCCGCCGGCCCCCGCGCGCCCCGCCAGCCCCGCCGGCCCAGGCCCGUGGCGAACAUGGCGCUUGUCCCCUGUCAGGUGCUGCGGGUGGCCAUCCUGCUGUCCUACUGCUCCAUCCUGUGCAACUACAAGGCCAUCGAAAUGCCCUCGCACAAGACCUACGGCGGGAGCUGGAAAUUCCUGACGUUCAUAGAUCUGGUUAUCCAGGCUGUCUUCUUUGGCAUUUGUGUCCUGACCGAUCUUUCUAGUCUUCUGACCAGAGGAAGUGGGAACCAAGAGCAAGAGAGGCAGCUCAAGAAACUCAUCUCUCUCCGGGACUGGAUGUUAGCCGUGUUGGCCUUUCCUGUUGGGGUUUUUGUUGUGGCGGUGUUCUGGAUCAUUUAUGCCUAUGACAGAGAGAUGAUUUACCCAAAGUUGCUUGAUAAUUUUAUCCCAGGAUGGCUGAAUCAUGGAAUGCACACAACGGUUUUGCCCUUUAUAUUAAUCGAAAUGAGGACAUCGCACCAUGCCUACCCCAGCAGGAGCAGUGGACUUGCUGCCACAUCUACCUUCUCUGUGGGCUAUAUAUUAUGGGUGUGUUGGGUGCACCACGUCACUGGGAUGUGGGUGUACCCUUUCCUGGAACACAUCGGCCAGGGAGCCAGAAUCAUCUUCUUCUCGUCCACAACCAUCUUAAUGAACUUUUUGUACCUGCUGGGAGAAGUUCUGAACAACUAUAUCUGGGACACAGAGAGAAAGCCUCCAUCUUUGCAAAGCACAUAAUGUUAUCCAAGCUGUGCAAAACCUGCCCAAACUGUCCGCAUGGAAGAAGAAAAAGAGAAGCCUAAAUUGGAAUGAAAUGCCAGUGCAUAAGGAAGAGCUGGAUUGAACCACCAGUGAGGAUUUAUACCUCCCUGCACGUUGGCAGUGCAGAAGAACCCAGUGACGGCGGCCUCGACCCCCCAGACCCAGGACGAAGACUGCUUUUAUACAGAAACAUACGAGAAUACAGGCAUUUCUAAAAGAACUUACCCUCCUGUCCUUUAUCAACUUCCUUCCAAAUUCAAUGUUGAUAAUGACAUUCUUUUUUCUUCUCUUCCUCCUGAGUCUUUUAAAUGAAACAUUGGGAUUUUUCUUUUAAUGUAUAUAUAGACCUGUAAUUUCAUGUGUUCCAAGAUGAAUAAAUUCCUGUGGUGUUUCUUGUUGAGAAAUAAGUGAAAGAUCAAAAGGUCAGGGGGCCAGGGCCAUGGGACAGUGGGCAGGGCACUUGCCUUGCACACGGCCAACCCCGAUUCAACCCUUGACAUCCCACAUAGACCCCUCAAGUCCACCAGGAAUGAUCCCUGAGUGGCAGAGCCAGGCGUAAGCCCUGAACCCUGCCGGAUGUGACCACAUAAUAAAACAAAACAAAGCAAAAAAUCAAAAGGGCAUAUGCAGGGCAAGAUAUUGGUACUUCUGGGGCUGUCGCUGCCUGAAUGAGUGCACUAGUGAACUGGGCCCCGGAGAUGCCCAGAGAGGAAACCCCACCGGGUCUGUCACAAUGAUGGUAGCUCUCCUCUCACAGGCUUUGGUAGGAAUAAUCACAUCAAUUCAAUGAAAACCUAGGUGUAUGUGCAUCUCACAAUAUCAUGAACCCUUUCCUGGAUACAAGCUAU